UCUGUCUCCACACGUCGUCGCACACGUAGCGGAGGAAAGCGUUCCUUAGCCAACUAGUGAUUUAACCCUCGAAGUUGACACGUAGACUUUGUCGUUGCGUUUUGCAGCGCGAGGCUCGUUGGGCUCAGAAAUAUGAUUUUAAGUGGAAAGAAACAUGGUUCGGGUCGAAUAAUAAAGACGUAGCAGGAACACCAGAUUAACUCUUGGGAACACUGCUCAUGCUGUAGGACGCCUGCUGAGCAAUGGCUAAAGAACAGAGGCACAACAGGGCAGAAACAUUUGUUCUGGCUGGAUCCAACGGUCACGAUGGCCAGCAGUGGCAGACGGACAUGAAUAACUUGAGGCCACAUCACCCUGCCACGGCUAACCACGUGUCCAGGAUGGCCCGCGUCGCCUCCAACGUCAGACAUAAGUGUGCAGCAUAUGUGCUAGCGCUGAGACCAUGGAGCUUCAGCGCCUCGCUCACACCCGUGGCUCUUGGGAGUGCGUUGGCAUACAAACUGGAGGGUUCCGUGGACCUGGUGAUCCUGAUGGUGUGCGCUGUGGCUGUCCUCGUCGUCCACGGGGCGGGAAACCUUGUAAAUACCUACUACGACUUCUCCAAGGGAAUUGACCACAAGAAGAGCGAUGAUAGGACUCUUGUGGAUGAAAUCCUGGCGCCACAGGACGUUGUCAUGUUUGGUGCUUUGCUGUACUCCUUGGGGUGCCUGUGCGCCACUCUGCUCUACUUCCUGUCAACGCUUCGGUUGGAGCACCUUGCCCUUAUUUACUUUGGGGGGCUUUCCAGCUCUUUUUUAUACACCGGAGGCAUCGGCCUCAAGUACGUGGCCCUGGGAGACAUAGUGAUCCUCAUUACCUUCGGCCCUCUGGCAGUGAUGUUCGCCCAUGCCGUGCAGGUCGGCUCCCUGUCAGUGCUGCCGCUGGUCUACGCUGUCCCGCUGGCCCUCAACACAGAAGCCAUUCUCCACAGCAACAACACAAGAGACAUGGACUCGGACAAGCAAGCUGGCAUUGUCACCCUGGCCAUCCUCAUAGGCCCCACGCUGUCUUACUUCCUCUACAAUCUCCUGCUCUUUGUCCCGUAUGUGCUCUUUUGCAUCCUCGCCACCCGUUACACCAUCAGCAUGGCUCUGCCUCUGCUCACACUGCCAAUGGCCUUCCCACUAGAAAAACAGUUCAGGAGUCGAUGCUACGCCAAGAUCCCGCAAAAAACCGCCAAGCUUAACCUCCUUAUGGGACUUUUCUAUGUUUUUGGUAUCAUUCUGGCACCUCCUGGCAGCUUGCCGUUACUGUGAUUCUUUAGCUCUGAUGCAUCUUCUUUUUUUUUUUUUCGUUUAAUUACUGACUAGUUUAUAGUACCUGUUUUUAUUUGUGAAAGUCUAUCUAAAGGCUUGUGCUGGCUUUAAUUUAUUCUCCAAUUUAUAAGCUAAAAUGUUUAGCUUAGUGACAAAGCAAAGCAGGUUCCAUUACAGUAUUAAACCAUCUGCAAACUGUUAAAAGUAAGACAAGUGUCCAUCAUGUUGAAUGGGCCAAAAUGAGUGGAAACCUUUUGCCAGAUUUGUAGUUCUUAAAGAAACUGUACAUAAUAUCAGCACGAACACAAUAAACCAUAUUCCUCAACAUUAAGCUGUUUUGUCUGUAUGGUACUCAUUGUUCAUUUGGUCUUUAUGAUUUUUAUUUUUCAAGAGCCAAAUACUUUGAGCUCGUUGUAAUAAAACUCAUUUGUGCUGA